AUAACAGUAAAAAGCUGAUAAUUCUGUUGGGCUUCGUGAUGUGCUGUAGUUCCUCCUUGUAGGGUGUAUAAUCCUAAAAAUUAGCAGAAGAAUCUUAUACAAUAUAUGGACAGUCAACUCUUCAAAGAUUCGUGUAAACAUGAGCAACAACGGAUCGAUUCUAGAAGCUACAAUGAAUCCGAGCAAAGCGAGAAAAGUCCGCCAAUCUACAACGCAGAGGGGAAUACUCAAAACAACGACAAUCCUUCGGUAGAAACGCAAGCGACAAUUGAUUCUGAUGGUCCUUGCAAAUGCGAAACUUGUGGCAGAAAAUUCAUCCUUAAGAGAAAUCUUGUUCAGCACGUGCGAAUGCAUAAGGUGGAGCGACGUUUCAGUUGCGAUGUCUGUGGCAAGGCAUUCAAAAGAAAUGGUGACCUUUCACGUCAUCGAUACUUACAUACCGGGGAGCGGCCAUUCGUAUGCACCGUGUGCGGUAAGGAUUUUGCAAACAAAACUGGUCUUACAACGCACAUGAUACGUCAUACGGGCAAUUACCGGCACAAGUGCAACGUGUGUGGCAAAGGAUUUAAUGGUGGAACACGUUUGGAGGUACAUAUGCGUAUUCAUACCGGUGAGCGACCGCACAAGUGCGAAAUAUGCGGGAAAGGAUUCGCCAGAACAAAUCAAGUAACGGCGCACAUGCGAAUUCACACGAACAUAAGACCAUAUCAAUGUGAGAUUUGUGGAAAAAAAUACAUCGAUCAUUACGAACUCGUCUAUCAUAAAGGCAUUCAUGACGGCAAUUACCGCUUCGAAUGUAGUAUCUGUGGAAAAGGUUUAACGAAAAAAUCAUAUCUAAGAGCCCAUAUGCUAACUCACAGCGGAGAACGACCGUUCAACUGCGAAGUAUGCGGUAAAACUUUUUCCAGUAGGAAUAGCUUACUUGGCCAUCGGUAUGUCCAUACCAGUGAACGUCCGCACAAGUGCACAUAUUGUAAUAAGGAUUUUACCGUCAAAGCCAGACUAACCAAACACAUAUUGAUACAUACGGAUGAAUAUCCAUUCCGAUGUGAUGUAUGUGGCAAAGGAUUUAUGAAUAAUAAUCAACUUGAAAGACACAAACGAGUUCAUACUGGUGAGCCAACGACCGGUGAAGAUAAACUGCCAACUAACAAUGAAGAGAGCAACGUAAACACAACAUGCGGAUUUGUGUACGAUUGUGAGCUUUGCGGCAAACAAUUUAGUACCAAAAAGCGCCUCGCUGCACACGGCCGGAUACAUAGAGGCAAACCUUUCGUGUGUAAUAUUUGUGACAGAGCAUUCUACAAGAGUAACAACCUAAUCCGUCAUCAAUUCACCCACACUGGAGAUCGUCCCUACAAGUGCAAUUUGUGCGAUAAAGAAUACAUAUGCAACAGUAACCUGGUCGCGCAUAUGUCUGUUCAUACAGGAGACUAUCGGCUGAAGUGCGAUGUGUGUGGCAAAGGAUUCAAUUUUGGUUCUCUUCUCAAGGAGCACUUACGUACACACUCGAGUGAACAAUCAAAUGACAAUCAACCAAACGACCAACAGCCGUACAUAUGUAGUGUAUGUGGCAAAAGAUUAGCCAGUAAAAGAAGCCUAAAUUUACACAUGUCGCUUCAUACGGGAAAUUUUCCCUAUAGAUGUGAAGUGUGUGGUCAAGGAUUCUAUGCCGGUAAUACUUUAAGGGAACACACGCGGCUUCAUACUGGCGAAUCGAUGUUCAUGUGCACCAUGUGCGGUAAAGAUUUAGCCAGCAAGAGGAACCUCAAAAAUCACAUGUCGGUUCAUACAAAUGUCUAUCAGCAUAGAUGUGAUAUGUGUGACAAAGGAUUUAACACGCUCCAUAAUUUGAAGUUGCACAGAGUUCUUCACACCGGUGAAGCGAAAACAAAGUGCACUGUGUGCGGCAAAGAGUUUAACAAAGAAAGAUACCUCGUCCGUCACAUGACGAUGCAUACAAAGGAUUAUCCCCAUACAUGUGAUGUUUGUGGGAAAGGAUUUAAUUUCAAAUAUCGCUUAAAGGAACAUAUACUUAGUCAUAUUGUUUAGAAUAUGAAACAAAACGAACUGUGAAUGGGUAUUGUUAAAAAAAAUGAACUUUGAAAGAAGCUAAAUAAAUAAAUAUAGUCGAUUUGUUGUCAGACUCUUUGUUGAA